AUGUUUAAAAGAGUUUACGUAUAUAAAAAUUCCUUUUGGAAAUAUAAAAAACGAUUUUUUAGUAAAAAAUUAGUAAACAUAGGGAUUUUGGCACAUAUUGAUGCAGGGAAAACAACAAUAUCUGAAGAUAUAUUAUAUCAAUCUAAAGAGAUAAAGGUUAAGGGUAAUAUAAAUGAUCAGAAUACGCAAUUAGAUUUUUUAAAACAAGAAAGAGAAAGAGGAAUUACUAUUAAAAGUGCUUAUUCAUGUUUUGAAUGGAAUAAAAUAAAAGUAAAUUUAAUUGAUACACCUGGACAUAUAGAUUUUAGUAAUGAAACCUUUAUAUCAUUAUGUGUAUUAGAUAAAUGUAUUAUUGUUAUAGACUCUAAAGAAGGUGUACAAAUUCAAACGAUAAAUAUAUUUCGAUACAUUAAAGAAAAUCUUCCUAUCUAUUUUUUUCUAAAUAAAAUGGAUAUUAAUCAUAUAGAUAUUGAUUCUAAUUUCUUGAGUAUAAAAAACCGAUUAACUAAAAAAGGACUACUUAUAACAUAUCCCAUUUAUGAAAAUAAAAAAUUAAAAUAUAUACUAGAUAUCCCUUCUAUGGUUUUAUAUUCUUAUCCACAUAUUAAUUAUGGUCAAACCUUUAUGUAUAAUUCUUACUUUUUAAAAACUUUAUUAGAAGGAAGUUUAUAUGAAAAGAAAUUAUAUUCUCAUUUUGCUAUGAUAAAUCCUAAACCAGAUAAUUUAUCAAAAGAAAAUAAAAACAAGAACAAUAUAAAUAUUGCUAAUGUUUUAAAUGAUGAUAUUAUAGAUUAUAUUAUAAAAAAGAGAGAAGAAAUUAUAGAAAUUUUAUGUGAUUUAGACAAUACUAUUGAAUAUAAGUAUUUAAAUAAUAUACCAAUUUCUUAUGAACAUUUCAAAAAUUCUUUAUCUUUAUGUAUUGAUAAAAAGUACAUAUUUCCCAUUUUUUCCGGAAGUGCUCUGCAUUCGUAUGGUGUACAUAUAUUGUUAGAUUAUAUAACACAUAAUGAGAAGGGGAUGGAGAAGGGGAUGGAGAAGGGGAUGGAGAAGGGGAUGGAGAAGGGGAUGGAGAAGGGGAUGGAGAAGGGGAUGGAGAAGGGGAUGGAGAAGGGGAUGGAGAAGGGGAUGGAGAAGGGGAUGGAGAAGGGGAUGGAGAAUGAGAUGGAGAUGGAUAUGGAGAAAAAGAUGGAGAAGGAAAGACAGAUGAACCAUAAUAAACAAAGAACAAAUAAUAAUACAAAUGAAACCCCUUUUUUAUCUUACGAAAGAAUAAAUAAAGACAAGUACCAUAUUUAUCAAAACAAAAAAUGUGGCAACAAUUCAGACAUGUAUCAUCCAUAUGAUAUAACGUACAACCAUAACAAUCUUAUAAAAAACACAGAUGUUAUAAAGAACAAUAUAAUUUUUAAUAACAAAAAAGCAUUGAACUCUCUAUAUAAAACCAUAAUAUUUAUAUUCAAAUUAUCAAAUGAAAAAAAUGGGUUCAAUACAUUCUGCAAAGUAUUUAAAGGGAAACUAAGCAAAAACACCAAAUUGUUAAAUCUUAGAAAUAAAAAAACAGAAAUAGUAAAAGGUAUUUAUAAAGUGAAAGCAGAUAGAUAUAUCACGACAAAUGUGCUAGAUACUAACGAUAUUGGUAUGGUAAGAGGUUUUGAAAAUAUUAUUCUAUGUGAUAUAAUUUGUGAGAAGGACGAUGAAAAACCAUCCCAUAAUAAUAAUGAUUUUUUUAGUGAAGAUCAAACGACUGACCAUAAUAAACAAAACAAUGAAUAUAGUCAUAGUAAUCAUAUAGAAAAUACUUUGAAUGAGUUAUAUCACAAAUCGCAUAAAGAAGAUGAAAAGAAUCAUGCUCUUCAUGAAGGAACAUAUUCACAGAAUAAUUUAUUUAUUGGACAUAAUGAUCUUCCUCCCUUGAGUAAUAUAUAUAAAUUAUUAAAAGAUGAAAUACCAAAUAAGCAAUGGUUAUAUUUUUUAAAAAGUUAUAAAAAACGGAUUAGUAAAAAUAUCAUAGUAUGUACAUGUGCUAUCGAACCAAAGGAAUAUAAAAAAGAAAAAGAUUUAAAAAAUAUUUUAAAACAAAUAUGUUUAGAAGAUAAUAGUAUCUUGAUAUUUACUGAUAAAAAUAAUAAAUUAGUUAUUGGUUCUAUAGGAAUAUUAAAUAUCGAAGUUAUUAUAGAUAAAAUAAAGAAUGAUUAUAAUAUAGAUAUCAAAACGAGUCCAGUUGAAAUUAUUCAGAAGGAAUAUAUUCAAGGAUAUUAUGAAAAUAGUAUAAAAAAGGAAAUGAAAGUUGGUUCAUAUAUUUCGACUAUAAUACUUGGAUUUGUUAUAAAAGAAAAAGAUGAAUUUAUAGAUAUUUCUAGUUAUGUACAAAAUGUAUUAAAACAUGAAAAAAUUUCCCACUUUUUAUCAUCAGAAGAAGGAAUAAAAAAUAAUAUAUCCAAUAAUAAAUAUAAUAAUAAUAAUAAAUAUAAUAAUAAUAAUAAAUAUAAUAAUAAUAAUAAAUUAAAUAUUUCAGAUAACCUGGAUAAAGAUAACAAUUUGUUAUUAUAUGAUGAUAUACGUUUUGAAGAUAAUAAAAAAAUGUAUAUAUCCACCACAAAUGAUGAUAGGCAAAAUUAUGAUGAACACCAUAAUAUUAACAUAUUGGAUAAUAUGGAAAUAAAAGAAAGUACAGAAAAGGAUAGAAAAAAAAAUUAUGUAUAUAAUAAUUUAAAGUUAGGUAAUUCAAAAUCUAUGUAUGAUACCAAGGGUGUUAAAAAUUGGGUUCAUAAGUAUAAUGAUGAUCAUGACAAGAUAUACUUGGAGGAUAAUAUAAAGGAUCAUCCUCAUAAGCAAAGUAUUGAUGAUGAACCUGAACUACUUUGUGAUAAUGAUGAUAAUGAUGAUAAUGAUAAUGAUGAUGAUAAUGAUGAUGUUGAUGAAUAUCUCUUAAACUUUAAUUAUGAUACCCUAUUUGAAAACAGUGUUACUGUCCAUAAAGAUGUAUUAUUAUACAUUGACGAGUUAAAAAAAAUGAAUAAAAAAAAAAAAAAUGUCUAUGAUAAUAUUUUAAAUAGUUGUAUUAUAUCUUUAAAAAACUGUUUAAGUAAUGGAUAUCAUACUAAUGGAAAUAUUAUUAAUACCGAAAUAAUAAUAAAAAACUUAAAAAUAUUUGAUAGUUCAACUACUGCUGUAGCUAAAUAUGCAUGUAAUCAUUUAUAUUAUGAAAUGAUAAAAAAAGCAAAUAUACAAAUAGUUAAUCCUUUAUCAUUAAUUUUAAUACAAACAGACGAAGCAUAUACUGGGAUCAUUGUAAAGGAUUUAAUACAAUACAGAAAUGGGACUAUUAUACAAAUAAUGAAAAAUAAAGAAUCGGAUUUUAAACUUAUGAAAAUAUAUGCAAUAAUUCCAGUGAAAUUUACACAUAAUUACUCUUCCAUUUUACGAUCUAUAUCUAGUGGACAUGCUAACUUUCUUAUGACUUUUUGUGGUUAUAAAAAGUGUUAA